UUAUGAAAUCAAACAUAGUGGGAAAAUCCAAAACAAAGAAUGUGUGCAAUAAUUGGCUGAGACUCUGAGUGUCGCUGUUGACCAACCAAGGCUGAGCAAUGAGGAAUUCAUCCAUCCCAGAUCAGCCGCUUCAGAGCUGAAAAGGCAGAGAGAUCAGACCCAGGCAGAACAUCAUUGCACAGAGAAGCUGAAACAGAAGACCACAUUUCAUUUACAACAGGAUAUUUUGCAUUUUCUGGACUGAUUCAGCCAUACCUGAAAUACAAAACUACAAAGGGGCUUCUCCUAGAGCCAAGAAUGCCAGCAGCAAAAUGCCUGCAGGAUUGCAAAAAAGGAGCUGUCUUGUGCAUGCUAUUUGCUUCCAUCUGCCGAGCCAUUUCCAGACAAAUUCAUUAUACCAUUCCUGAGGAGUCAGAGAAAGGCUCUUUAGUGGGGAACAUCGCAAAGGAUCUGGGAUUGGAUGCAAAAGAGCUCUCAGACCACAGGAUCCACCUUGUUUCCCAGGGAAGGAGUGAGUAUUUUGCUUUGAAUUAUAAGAAUGGCCGUUUGUACACCAUAAAGAGAAUAGACAGAGAGGAGAUCUGUGGUUGGCGGGAGAAGUGCAUCUUGAAUGCUGAGGUUAUUGUUGGGGAUUCCAUGAAAGUGUAUGGAGUUGAAGUGGAAAUCACAGAUAUUAAUGACCACGCCCCCACUUUCCCAUUAGAAACAGCAGUGAUCAAUAUCAGUGAGAACACAGCACUGGGCUCCCGAUUUCCCCUCUAUGAAGCUCAGGAUCCUGAUUCAGGAAACAAUUCUCUACAGGGUUACAAGCUUAGCAACAGUAGUCAUUUCUCUCUGGUUCUUGAAACCUCAGUUAAGGGCAAACAGUAUGCAAAAUUAGUUCUGCAAAGGCCUCUGGACCGAGAAGAACUAGCCAGUCACAAUCUUGUUCUCACAGCAUAUGAUGGAGGAAAUCCUGUCAAGACUGGUACUAUACAACUUCAUGUGGUAGUUCUGGAUGUGAAUGACAAUGCACCCAUUUUUAGCCAACAAACCUAUGAAGUUAGUUGUAGAGAGGAUAUUCCUAUUGGGACAAUGGUAAUAACACUAAAAGCAGCUGACCUGGAUGAAGGAGUCAACAAAGAAAUUAAAUUUUCAUUUCAUAAAAUCUCAGCAAUAGCUUCUCAAAUAUUCCAUUUGGAUUCAAACACAGGGGAAAUAACUCUGGUUGGAAACUUAGACUUUGAGGAGACUCCAUUUCAUGAAAUGGAGGUCCAAGUCCAAGAUGGCGGAGGUCUAUUGGACAGAGCAACUCUCAUGAUAUUUAUUACUGAUGUAAAUGAUAAUGCGCCAGAACUGACAUUAACUUCUGUAAUCAACUCAAUCCCUGAAGAUUCUCCAGCAGGGACUUCAAUAGCUCUUUUAAAGGUUCAAGACAAAGAUUCAGCAGAGAAUGCAGAAGUCACUUGUUCCGUUCCAGGCAACCUCCCCUUCCUACUGACAAAAUCUUAUGACAAGUACUACAGUUUGGUCACGUCCAGAACUCUGGACAGGGAGCAGGUAGCCGUCUACAACAUCACUGUCACAGCAAUGGACCAUGGGACCCCUCCACUUUCUGCAUCCAUUGUCAUUUCCCUCAAGAUUUUAGAUGCCAACGACAAUCCUCCCUUCUUCCUGGAAACUGUUUAUACUUCUUAUAUAUUGGAGAAUAAUCCAAGAGGGGCCUCCAUAUUUUCACUGAAGGCAAAUGAUCCUGACUGGGGGGAAAACUCCAGAAUAACCUACUCCAUUGUUGAAGAAGACGUCAAGGACUCCUCUCUCUCCUCAUACCUUUCCAUUAACUCUGAGACUGGUAUUAUUUAUGCAUUGUGUUCCUUUGAUUAUGAAGAGUUCCAGCAAAUUAGCUUCUUUGUCAAGGCCCAAGAUGGAGGUUCUCCAUCACUCAGCACCAGAGUCGCAGUGACUCUCUUAAUUUUAGAUCAGAAUGAUAAUGCCCCCCAGAUCUUGUACCCUUCUAGCCCCACUGAUGGUUCCACUGGAGUAGAGCUAGCCCCUCACUCCUCUGAUCCUGAAUAUCUUGUCACUAAGGUGGUGGCAGUGGAUGUAGACUCUGGCCAGAACGCCUGGCUCUCUUAUCAGCUACUGAAGGCCACAGAGCCAGGCCUCUUCACCAUAGGACUCCACACUGGAGAGAUCAGGACAGCCCGUUUCUUUCUGGACAAGGAUACUCUCAAGCAAAGCCUGGUGGUUUUAGUGAAGGACAACGGGCAGCCCCCUCUCUCUGCCUCAGUCACAGUCACUGUGGUGCUGGCCAACAGCAUCCCUGAAUCCCUCUCUGAUAUUAGCAGCAUCUCAGCUCCUGCAGACUCCCAGUCAGAUCUCACCUUCUACCUGGUGGUUGCUGUGGCUUUUGUCUCCUGCUUGUUUUUCACUUUCCUCCUUGUGUUGCUGGCACUCAGACUGCACAAAUGGAGAAAUUCUCAGUUGUGUGAUUCUGGGGGUUUGAAUUUCACUGGUGUUCCUGUCUCACAGUUUGUGGGGAUUGAUGGAGUCCAAGCUUUUCUUCACUCCUACUGUCAUGACUUUUCUCUUACCACGGACUCUCGGAAAAGCAAUUUUGGCUUUCCAAAGGUUAACUCCUCUAAUACUCUCCGCAAUGAGGAAUCUUGUGAGAUAAAGGAUCCCUUCCUCAUGACUGAAGACAUUAGCAGUAGUCAUGGGAAUCCCCCUCUGUCAACACAUAAAAUCAUCUCAUUACUUAUUUCUGAUAUCAAUGACAAUUCUCCUUCUUUUGAGAAAUCUUCCUACACCAUCUAUGUGCCAGAAAACAAUCCUUCAGGUGCUUCCAUUUUCACUGUAAAAGCCUUAGAUCCAGACAUGGACCAAAACUCACGAAUCACAUAUUCCAUCCUCCACAGCAACAUCAAGGAGCUCCCCAUCUCUUCAUAUAUCUCCAUUAACUCUGAGACUGGAGCUCUGUAUGCCCAGAGGUCCUUUGACUAUGAACAGUUCAGAGAGUUCCAGCUUCAAGUGAAGGCCCAAGAUGGUGGUUCUCCCCCUCUAAGCAGCAAUGUCACAGUGAGAGUGUUCAUCCUGGAUAGGAAUGACAACAGCCCCCGGAUCCUGUCCCCUUCACAAGAAGCCAAGGGGUCGGCCUUGUUUGAGAUGGUACCUCGUUCAGCUGAGGAAGGGUAUCUGGUAACAAAGGUGGUGGCUGUGGAUGCUGAUUCUGGACACAACGCCUGGCUUUCCUACCAUGUUGUUCAAGCCACUGAACCAGGAUUCUUCACUGUUGGCUCUCACACUGGUGAGAUCAGGACAUCAAGGGCCUUUGUGGAGAAAGAUGCUGUGAAACAGAAACUGGUCAUUUUGGUGAAGGAUAACGGGCAGCCAUCUCUCUCGGCCACCAUGACUCUGAACCUGGUGUUUGCCGAGAACUUUCAGGAAGCCCUUCCAGAAAUGAAAAACCAGUCCAGCAGCCCUGACUAUCAAUCUGAUCUGCAGUUCUACCUAGUGCUGGCCUUGGCUUUGAUGUCAUUCUUGUUCCUCUUGACAGUCAUUCUGGCCAUUCUCAUGAAGCUUCGAAAAUCAGGGAAUCCCAAAUUCCUGCAGUGUUUUGCUCCGGUUCCUCAUUCAAAGGCUGGUGCCAUCUUCCCCCCAAACUUUGAAGAUGGGACUUUGCCUUAUUCCUACCAGCUGUGUCUGUCCUCAGAAUCCAGGAAGAAUGAGUUCACUUUCCUGACCCCCAAUAUUCAGAUUGCAGGCAAUGUUCUUGGUAGUGACAACUUGGGUGUGCCUUUGACAGGCAAUGAACAAAACAAUUCAAAUUUAGUGUCGGAGAAUACUGAAAAGGAACUGUAUUUUCGGGAGGGUACUGAAGAUAUCAGCCUUCCAUCCUUCCGAGUGCUGGAAUGUCCUGGGAUGCCGGAAUGCCCCGGGAACGCCUCCUGGGAUGCUGGCAUGGGCUUUGAAGGCAUUGAGAUGCCAGUGGAAGGCCCUGUUGUGUCCUGGGGCAGCGCUGCCAUGACAGUGCCCCACAACCAGCGUCCAAGCAGCUUAUGCUGGCGUUUGGGGCCCGAACGCAGGCGUAAGCUGCUUGGACGCUGGCGAGGGGGCCCUGAACGCUGA